AUGUCACUCGCAGCCCAGUCCAAGCGCCACCCCACGGUCCAAGCCACAGCCGCCACACAAACGGAUCGCCCAACGCCCCGAGCCGAAAUCACCCCGUUUCAAGGGACUGCAGAUCCCGCUGUCGCGUUGACGUUCAACGAGCAGUACAUUCAGUUUAUCCAGCACUUGUCACAGAAAGGCCGGGACGUGAACAACCCAUUACCCCCCACUGCAGACGCAGCAGCACACAGAAAGCACCGUGUAGAGAACGCAUUGCACGUCACGGUGUGCCAAGUGUUUUCGAACCCAAAAAUGAUCGCCACGAUUCGUGACAUUGUGUUUGCCAAGUUGCAAGCCGAAAGUUCAUCGGCACGAAAGAAGCCUUGA